CGGACUUUCGCCAUCCGUACACGCCGGAUCGGCCCAACCGAGACGAGAGCUGCCAAAGCUCACUACGGCUCUCGUGCAGCAGCGCAAGGGACAUGCCUCGCUAGCGAACGCGAUGAGCGCAUGAGAACCGUUGAGGCGGUGCGUGCGCGUGCAUGCAUGCAUGUUGUGGCGCGCUCCAGAGCAAGCAGCUAUGGCGCCUUACAGAAUCAACGGCCAUCCUCAACAUCCUUCACCGGCAACGGUCACUUGGUGCUCAUCCGCACCGCACUUUACCCAUCAUGCUCGCCGGCGCGUUGAUGAUGAGCAGCGGGUCACAAACGCGGGACCAGCGCUGGUCUACACACACUGCUCGACGCAGCCAUCGCCUACCAGCGGCAUGGUGCGAAUGGCUCAACGCUCCAACGGCACACGAUCCCUUCCACUACCGACUUUGACAAGAUGCCGGCAUCAUCGCGAGUGACGAUGACGUCUCCUCUUUCUCGCACUUCUUGAUUCUACGCACCCGAUUGAUAUUCAAGCUUGCCAUCCAUCUAUUCAUUCACCUCCCUGUACUCGCGCUGUGAAUAGGAGGCACCCACAUCGUCAUCCAUCCGCACGCCUAAUCGACGACACGACCGCUCG